AACAACAAAGCGCACACACAUGCUUUCCGUACGAUGCACACAUCCAGUUUAGAUUCAGUCAGCAAGAGAAGACGAUUGGCAGUGGAUGUUUCGGUCGUUGAGUUCUCCGUUUGACAAACUCCGAAAGGCAACAGUCAUUCUCUCUAGUCGCGCAGUUGGAACUGUGUGGUGCGAAUCGUGUGUGUACAGUAUUAUUGUUGUGUAGUGUCCGGGGCAGGCAGUGAAAAAGUUUCCCAGUGCAGCGGAAAAGUCUACUGCUGGUCUCUCAGACAAAGCAGCAGCGGCAUUUUCGGUGAAGUUUGCCUCGCAGUGCAGUUUGUUGUGCAGUGAAAAUAGUGUCCGUGAGGGAAAUAGCACGCUAGACGCGUCUUACGUCAACGCAGCUUUUAGCUGGUCGGUGCCGGGUUGCACAGGAGGCGACCGUGUGAGACAAGAAGCACAAGCGGGGAAACGACAUGAAUCGGAUGGCUUUGAAAAAUUCGUCCUACGGAAUGGAAGAAGAUGAGGACGACGAGGAGGAGGAUGAUGAAAAGGGCGGCGAUUCGACCGACUUCGACGAUGACGAAGAUCCGGAUGAAAUAGAAGUACCAGGAGGAGGCAAAGAUUUGGCAACGGUGGCCACACUCACGAAGAAAUUCAAAUCGGAAGGAUCAACGGCGGACACAGGGGCCAAUUUUGGGACAAACUCCUCAUCCAGCGUACAGUUCCCGGGCAACCACGGCAUGGCGACGGCGGGCAUCAAAAACGAGCAGCUCGGCAAUACCUCCACGAAGGUGGUAGCCGCCGGUCUGCCGAGGGGAACUGGUGGUAGUGUGGAAAUGGCCGGCAUUGGCGGUUUCGGUGGCAACUCGUCGGUUGGACCGGGCUCUGCACUUGGCUCCUCCGACAACAUGAGCCAGCUGAUGAUGUCCAACAACAAGCAGUGGCUGCAGAAUCUGCAGGCCAUGCUGGUGGCCAACCCGCACUACCUGACCAGCGGAAUUCCGACCAAAUUGAUCUCACAGAUGUGGAUGGCGGAUGCCAGCAAGGUAAACCAAAUGCCCGAAGAAGAGGAAGCGGAUGAGGAAGAGAUGGGUGUGGCGGAAACCUAUGCAGAGUAUUGGCCAGCGAAAUUGAAAAUUGGCAAAAAACAUCCUGAUCCGGUUGUAGAAACGGCCUCCCUGUCUUCCGUGGAACCGUGCGAUGUAUACUAUCAAGUUUCCAUCCCGCCGGAAACCAUCAAUGGCGGGCUGUUGAGUGCACUGCAACUCGAGUCGAUAACGUACGCCAGCCAGGCCCACGCGCAUCUGCUACCGGAUGGUACGCGAGCCGGGUUCCUAAUAGGCGACGGUGCCGGUGUCGGCAAGGGGCGUACCAUCGCCGGCAUCAUAUUCGAGAACUAUCUGAAGGGGCGCAAAAAGUCGAUCUGGAUCUCGGUGUCAAACGACCUGCGGUACGACGCGGAGCGCGAUUUGCGCGACAUCGGCGCCAGUCGAAUCGACGUUAUGCCGUUGAAUAAGUUAAAAUAUGCUAAAAUCAACUCCACCGUCAACAACAACGUCAAAAAGGGCGUUAUCUUUGGCACGUACUCGGCCCUGAUCGGGGAAUCGCAGAGCACGGCCGGAAAGUACAAGACUCGGCUAAAGCAGCUGCUGCAGUGGUGCGGAGAAGACUACGACGGCGUGAUUGUAUUCGACGAGUGUCACAAGGCGAAGAAUUUGUGCCCGGUCGGUUCGAGCAAGCCGACCAAGACGGGGUUGACGGCUCUAGAGCUACAGAACAAGUUGCCAAAGGCGCGCGUCGUGUACGCGUCUGCCACCGGCGCCUCGGAGCCCCGCAACAUGGCGUAUAUGGUGCGACUGGGUAUAUGGGGCCAGGGAACGCCAUUCCCCACGUUUAACGAUUUUAUUCAGGCUGUUGAGAAGCGCGGUGUUGGUGCAAUGGAGAUCGUUGCAAUGGAUAUGAAACUGCGAGGAAUGUACAUUGCGCGGCAGCUCAGUUUUCAUGGAGUGACGUUUAAAAUCGAAGAGGUACCACUGACGAAGGAGUUCAAGCAGGUCUACGACGAGUCAGUCGAGUUGUGGGUAGAAGCGAUGCAAAAGUUCACGGAAGCUGCGGAACUGAUCGAUGCCGAGAGCCGAAUGAAGAAAACAAUGUGGGGACAGUUUUGGUCGGCCCACCAGCGGUUCUUCAAGUACCUUUGCAUCGCGUCGAAGGUGAACCACGCAGUCAAGGUGGCCCGGGAAGCCAUCAAGUACGGCAAGUGUGUGGUUAUCGGUCUGCAGUCGACCGGUGAAGCGAGGACGCUCGAGCAACUGGAACGCGACGAUGGAGAGCUUUCGGAUUUCGUAUCGACCGCUAAGGGCGUGCUGCAAUCGUUGGUGGAGAAACAUUUUCCAGCACCCGAUCGGAACCGCAUCAACCGGGUGCUUGGACUGGACGGUGGUGGUGGACGGACGCAGCUUGAUAGCCUCUUGCAGGACAUUUCUUCCGCACGCGGUGGAGCCAAUAAGGGUGCUUCGACGUCUGCCGGCAUUGGCCUGGUGGAUUCGAAACGCAAACGAGCUGGUGCAUCCAACACCAAAGGUGUGCCCAAGACGAAGCGUUCCCGUAACAACGAUUCAUCGGACGAUGAUGAUGGAUCGGCUUCUACUUCGUCGUCGGCGUCCGAAAAAUCGCGACGCAAUUCACACGAGUCCGAUUUCCGACCAUCCGACGACAGCGACCAGGAGGAAAGUUACCACGACGAUUAUGACAGUGCGGGGAGCCAGAGCGAUGGCUACAAUCCGUUCGCUGGCGACAGCGACGGCGACGAUCCAUGGGUGAUGAAAAAUCAAAAAUCUGUCCCAACCACUUCCUCCGGAAAGACGAAACUGAAGGCUAGUAAGCAACAAGCGCCGUCCUCUGCACCUUCCGUCAUGGCAACACCAACGUCCGUAGUUGGAGGGCGCAAAAAGCCCGUUACAACGCAGGACAAAAUACAGGCGCACUUGACGAAGAAACAGAUGGACACGAAACCGCUGACCAUCCAGUCGAGCAACGGGUUCUCCAUUCAGUUGGCCGGUGGACCACCGCCGAAGGACGCAAUCGAACGUGCGUGUCAGAUGAAGGACGAACUGUUGGCUAAAAUUGAACGGCUCGGUGACCGGUUGCCGGCCAAUACGCUUGAUCAGUUGAUCGACGAGCUGGGAGGUCCGGAAAACGUGGCGGAGAUGACGGGCCGCAAGGGCCGUGUGGUGCAGAACGACGAUGGUUCGAUACAGUACGAAUCGCGCUCGGAGCAGGACGUGCCGCUGGAGACGCUCAACAUUACCGAAAAGAAGCGCUUUAUGGAUGGCGAGAAGGACGUGGCGAUCAUCUCGGAGGCGGCUUCGAGCGGUAUUUCGCUGCAGAGCGACCGGAGGGUGCGAAACCAGCGCCGGCGUGUCCACAUCACGCUCGAGCUUCCCUGGUCGGCCGACCGGGCGAUCCAGCAGUUCGGACGAACGCACCGAUCGAAUCAGGUGAACGCACCCGAGUACAUGUUCCUCAUCUCUGACCUGGCGGGGGAACGGAGGUUCGCGUCAACCGUGGCCAAGCGGCUGGAGUCGCUCGGUGCCCUGACGCACGGCGAUCGGCGUGCCACGGAAACGCGCGAUUUGUCGCAGUUCAACAUAGACAACAAGUACGGUCGGACGGCGCUGGAGGCUGUGAUGAAGACGAUCAUGGGCUACGAGUCCCCGAUGGUUCCACCUCCCGCCGACUAUCGUGGCGACUUUUUCAAGGAUGUGGCCGGGGCGCUGGUUGGUGUCGGGCUGAUCGUAAACAGUGAGCAGAUGCCGGGUGUGCUGAGCCUAGACAAGGACUACAACAACAUAUCGAAGUUCCUGAACCGAAUAUUGGGUAUGCCGGUUGAGCUGCAGAAUCGGCUUUUCAAGUACUUUACCGACACACUCGAGGCCACCAUCGAGCAAGAAAAGAAGCGCGGUCGCUUCGACUUGGGUAUCGUAGAUCUUGGUGCGGCAGGAGAAAAUGUGACGCGUAUUAAAAUCAUUCGAUUCUCGCGAAAACACUCAACGGGCAUUGCACCAACGGAACUACACGUGGUGAAGGUCGAACGUGGCAUGAUCUGGCAAGAGGCUAUCGACAAAUGGGCCGAGUUAGGAGGUGAAAAGGAAGGUUUCUACAUCUCCCAGCAUCCUCGCAACGGCAAGUACAACGUGAUACUGGCGGUCGAGAUCGAGAAUCCGGCCAAAAAGAAGUCAUUUGUAGGCGCGGGCUUGCUAAAGAAGGAGAACACCAAGGAGAGCAUCCUGUUCCAAGUAUACCACCCGAACACGGGCCUACAGUUCAAGCACGAAUCGUUGGCCGAUCUGGAGAAAAAGUACCGGAAGGUGGUGAGCACCGAGGCGGAAGCCCACUGGAGCCAGCUAUACGACGCUUCGGUUAACACCUGCUCGCACAGUUACUGGAAGGGUCACUGCCGGAACGUGUCGAUGGGUCAGGAAUGCGAGAUUGGACUGCGACAGCGUACUUACAGCGUACUCUCUGGAUCGGUACUCGCAGUCUGGGCGAGGGUGGAGAACAGUCUGGCUUCCCGCAUUGGCAGUCAGUCGCGCAUGCAGGUGAUCCGGCUCAAGACGAAAGAGGGUGCCAAAAUCGUUGGCACACUUAUUCCAAAGAACUGCGUCGAACAGCUGGUGAAGGAUCUUGCCAGCGACUCGGAGAAGGUGGACGAGGUGGUCUUCGACGAUCACUGAAUCGAAUUCCUAUCCUUCAAUGCCCCCCUCUCCCUCCAUUAGUCUCCGUCAUGUCCUCUUCGGAAGUAGUGAGUGCCCAGCACGUAACAAUGGUGAAGUAUGAUGUAUGCGCUUGGUAUUGUUUUUAUUCUUUACGUUUAACCAACCGUGGAGAAUGGAAAAGCUCGAAUUAUUUAGACUAACUGCUUAUUGAUUCCCCUAGCCGGGUGUGGAUUUUCUGCUUGAAAAUCUCACUCAGGCUGCAUGCGUUUCUAGUUUUCCAUCCGUUAUAGAAGUGUUUUCGUAAAUCGAUGCUUGCUUUGAGGUUUGAACCCACAGCACUUAAAUGGGCCGUUAACCUGCCCGGCAUAGCCGCUGGGAUUUUGUAAAAUCCGUUUGUGCAGUAUACAUUGACGAUACUUCAUUUGGAUGGGUUUCUUGAUUGUGCUGAAGAGAGUUUCAUUUAUUUAUUUGAAGCUAUGAAGUAAGCAAAUAAAAAAUGUUAUUUUCGCGCUGCAAUUAAUACUCACUAGAAAAACUUCAAUCUUGCUAUGCAAAUGCACACUUGACGCUAUCGAAGCCGUUUUUUCUUUAGCGUUUGGUUUUCACCGGGGGAGCACAUUACUUCCAAAAGAAAAAAAAACAUACAUUUGUAAAGAAUGUACAAAUUACUUUAGUUCACGCUGCAGUGGUAGGCUUUAGGUUUAGGAGGAGUUGUAAGGAAACUAAAAAAAGAUGCGAUGGAGUGCUCCAGAGAGACACCGCUGGAAAAAAAGAGGCAUCGAGGGGUCGUGAAAGAACGAGAACACCCGCAAAUGGUAGAUUAGUUUCGAUGCGAUAUACUACUGCGCUCUACGCCGCCGUAUAUUAUGCGUUACGCUUUGUUUAGUUAAGUGUUUCAGUGAGACUAGCAAUACCUCCCGCCUCUUGGGAUGAAAUAGCCAAUAAAAGGAUUUGACGAAGAAAUUCAAUAAAUCCGUUCAAACCAUGUG